AUGACGGCCAUCCCCGAAACCCAAACCGCAGCAGUGCUCCCCCCCUCCGGCGCAACCGCCGAUGCCCUCCUCCAGAUCAAAACAGACCACCCCGUGCCGUCCCCCGGCGAGGGAGAAAUCCUCGUCAAGAUCGAGUAUUCGGGGGUCUGCCAUUCGGAUGUGCAUAGUAUUCGUGGGGAAACGCCGAUGUUGACCGAUGUGGCGGGUCAUGAGGGGGUGGGGAAGGUUGUUAUGGUGGGUAAUGGGGUUAAUGAGCAGGAGUGGAUUGGGAGGAGGGUUGGGAUUAGAUGGCUGUAUAGUUCCUGUUUGAACUGUGAGAUUUGCGUGGUGAACAAUACGGCGUGUCCGUAUCAGAAGAACGCGGGCGCGAAUGUACCUGGGACUUUUCAGCAGUAUAUCGUCAGUCCUGCGAUUCAUGUCACGAAGAUCCCCCCGGAGAUUGCGCCAGAUGUAGCUGCGCCGUUGCUGUGUGCGGGAAUUGCAAUGUACUCAUCGAUUAUGAAGACGAGGACACGACCGGGCGAUUGGAUCGUUCUCCCGGGGGCUGGUGGUGGUCUGGGACAUAUGGGGGUUCAGAUUGCAGUCAGAAAAGGACUGAAAGUCAUUGCGAUUGAUAGUGGCGAAAAGAAGAAGGAGCUGUGUCUUGCUCUCGGAGCCACCGCUUUCUUUGAUUACAAGAUCGACGAUAUCGAAAAGGAAGUGAAGAAACUAACAGGUGGACUCGGAGCUCAUGCGGUAAUCUGCACCGCCAAUAGUGAACCGGCAUACACGCAGAGUAUGCGAUUGCUUCGCAGCCUUGGGGUUCUGGUGUGCGUGGGCAUACCCAGUGUUCCGUUCAGGCUACCGGCGACUCCGUUUGAUAUGAUUGUUAAAGGGCUUACUAUUGUGGGGAAUUCUGCGGGUACGGCAAAGGAGAUGGACGAGUUGAUGGAGAUGGCUGUCGCUGGUGACGUGCGGGCCCAUAUUGAGUGCUUUGAGCUUGAUCAGAUCAAUGAUGUGGUGAUGCGACUUGGACGGUCCGAGAUUGAUGGGAGAGCUGUAGUGAAGAUUCCGGAAUAG